GUGGCAGUAGAGAUAACCAAUUUAUGUUGCCAGGAAUAGGGAGAUAUUUAACCGACGGACCGGAAGCAGCAUGAGGUUGUUGGACAGUCAAUAAUUGUAUUAUUAUUAUUAUUGUCAUUCUUAACCAUUGCCCUCCCAAGAGUCCUUCAACACAUCAGGGGAAAAUGUUGAGGAGCGCAUCAGCACAGGUGCUCAGGCAGUUUGUGAGGCACAGGAGCACAGACAUGAGCCUCAUCCUUGAGAGAUCGAUCAACCGGGUGCAGCUCCUGGGACGGGUGGGGCAGGACCCAGUCAUGCGACAGGUAGAUGGCAGGAACCCUGUCACCAUCUUCUCCAUGGCAACCAAUGAGAUGUGGCGUUCGGGGGAGGGAGAGACCUCACACACAGGAGAUGUCAGUCAGAAAACCACUUGGCACCGCAUCUCUGUCUUUAAACCGGGCCUGCGGGACGUGGCGUACCAGUAUGUGAAGAAAGGUUCCCGGGUGCUUGUGGAGGGGAAACUGGACUACGGGGAGUACGUGGACAAGAACAAUGUCAGGCGCCAAGCAACUACCAUCAUUGCAGAUAACAUUGUCUUUUUAAGUGACAAUGUACGAGAAAGAGUGUGAAGGAAGUCAACCUUGAGGAGUGACUUGGAAGACUAAAGAACUUUUUAUUUUUAUUAACACUUGUCUUUAUUUUGACUCCUUGUGGAACUGUGAACUGAUAUUUGUACCAAAAUAUCAUGUGAUUAAGGGGACAGUUCACUUUCUGUAGUAAUUUUUAUAUUAUUUCACUUUUAGCAUAUGUUUUCAAUUGGCCCGAGAGCUUUACUGUGAUAAAUAUUUAAGAUGCUUAAAAAAAGUCUCAUGACUUGUGGACCAAUCAAAAACUUCCAUAAAACUGAAGUAAUAUUUUAAAUCUCCAGAAAGUGAACUAUCCCGUUAAGUUAGCAAUGGGUGUACAGUGAUUCCUGCUGAGCCACCCAAUCUCUCUCUCUCUCUUUGCAUGGUCAGAAGACCCACAGGCACACAGGAUAAUGUGUAAUCAUGUGUAGCCCCUAAUACAAAAUUCACUGGCACACCCAGGCAGGUUCCCUCACAUACAUACUUCAAACAAUGGUCACCAUGUUAAAAUACUGACCCAGAUUUAAUCCAAAAUAGUUAGCAGUUGGGCCCUGAAAUUCAUGUACCAGUGCACUUGGCCACUAUGAUUAGCUGCCUGACACAGGCUGUUUUCUGGUGAUCUUACUCCCUUGAGCAAGAUCUCGGAACCAAAUGUUUUUGAAACCUGAGGUGGCUUCUGAUUUCUAUUUUUGUGACAGUUUCAGUUCUCUGAGUAACUGUUUUCUUAAAACUAGGUGUCCAUUGCUUUUUCAGGUGUGUUGUAUUCAUUUGUCUCGCCUUGUAUAACCAUCAUGUAAAAUGCCCUUUUGUGUUACUUUAAGUUUUUUAGUAAAAACAGAAAAAUA